CUUAUAGACUCAUAUUAUUCGCGGCAAUUCUCUUAGUUUUAAUUUGCUCUUCAAGGUGCAGUUCUAUAAAUCUGCAAACAUGAGAUACAACCCAGGACAAUAAAGUCCUUUCGACUGAUACAGAGAUUAGAUGGAAUCCUCCUUCUCAAAUUUAUGUAAUCGGUUGGUUAUUUAAUUCUAACAAAUAGACGCUAUCAUUGGAAAUUUGCAAGACAUUUUUUUCCUUAUGUAUCCAAUGACUGUUUUCAGAAUCGAUGAUAAUUGGAACAUCUCAUUUUCGACGAAGAUUUCCUCAACUGAUUAUGUGUUAGCUGCCCAAGCAAAGAAGUUGCAAUCUUUGCCUAAUUCAAAGCUAGCAGCUGUGUCAGAAACAAGGUUGCAUAUACUCAGCACAACCACAGGCGCAAUUGAAUAUUCAUUUGUGAUGAGUUCUCAUUCUAUUGUUUGAAUGGGUACUCAGGAAGGUGUAACGAAUGAAAAUUUAUUUCUGGUAACUAAAAACGCAGGAAAUUUAAAAGUAGUUCAAUUUUGAUAUACUUGAUCUCAAACAGCCACUAUCUACGAAACAUUUAUGACUACUAGCGAUGCUGCAUUUGAUAGUUACAAAAGUUCAUCAAUAAAUACAGCCUUGCUAGUUUCCGGCCAUCAGUUUUACCACUAUUCAAUCUCAGGAAAUGCGUUAACUCUUACCCAAAUUUUUGAGUAUCCAUCAGCAAAUAUGAAUCUGAUAAACACUCUAAUGACUAGACAUCAAACAAAUAGAUAUAUUUUUAGUAGAGACUCAAAUGAUGCCAACAACCAUGCUGCCUACUUUCAAGUUACCUUGACAGGGACUAUAGCUACUGCUGAGAGAGUUCAGAUAGUCCCCGUAUUUCUCUCAUCAAUCUAUUGAUGAUAUUACGAUUUGGUGGUGGUAUAUGGCCAUACUUCAACCCAUACUUUCUUUGGAUAUAUGAACUAUACUUCUCUGAGUUUUAGUUACCAAAGAGAGGCAGGUUAUACUUAUUAUAACACAAUGAGGCUGCAAAACGAGUAUUUCCAAGUAUGGCUCCAUGUUUCAAAUACAGGAGGAAAUCCAAGAAAUGUGUUUGUUGUUCGAGCAGAUCAAGCAUUAAACUCAUAUGAGACAGAAUGAAGGAAGCCCAAUUUUGGAACAUCAACUACUAUAACUAGUAGUACAAUACCAUCACUUAGUUCUAGCACUUGAGGUGGAUGAACAUCGACAACUACAAAUCUUACUCCUUCCUCGUUCUCUUUAUCAGCAGAUGCUUAUACAACAAUAUCAACUUCCUCUUGUUCCAAAUAUAUGACUACUCCUAACCACAGAUCCUCUAUUGCACCAGUGACCUUCUAUGCUCAAGUCUACCAAAACAUAUCUCUGGAUCCUCCUUUCUGUAGUCUAGAUGCUUCUGCUUCUGUAGAUGUUACCUUAACCUUCAUUAACGGGUCUGAAGUGUCUUGGCUACAGUUUAACUCUAGUGGCGGGUCUAUUACUGGAACUGCUCCAGAACCAAACAUUAUUCAUAAUUUGAAGCUUGCGGUGACUAUGACUAGCAAGACAGCGACUUAUGACUACACUCUUAAUGUGGCUAAGUGUCAAGCCUACUGCAGUUCUUGUGACUCCAGUGGAAACUGCUUGCAGUGUCAGCAAGGUUCUGUGUUUAACCAAGAUUCUGGCCUGUGAGAGCAAAAUGAAUUACUUUCAGUCGCUGCAGAAACAGUGGGAACUACAGUAGUAGUAGGGACAACCAUGGCUGUAGGACUAGCAUCAGCAGCUUCAGUGUUCAGUCCUAGAUUUUCAAUGCAGAACUUGUUCACAGUGUCUGAGUAUUUUCAACUACUACUCACUCUAUUACUACUACAUACAGAAUUGGCUGAAAAAGUUUACUCGCUGUUGCAGAGUUUUGAAGUAUUCAAGCUAGACCUAGAGUUCAUACAGAAAAUAAUUCCAAUUAACAAUGGAAUCUCAUAUACCUCUAUGAAUCUAGAACAGUCAGAAAGAAGAUUUGACAAAAUUGGCAUUGGUUACAAGAGCACUUUGAUCAAUUUCUCAAUGCCACUCAUUUUCAUGGUGGGAAUAAUGAUAACUCAUUUAUUCGCGGCUGCAUUGACAAGUCUGAACCAAAGCGGUAAAACCCUAAGCAUUCUUCAGCGAGAAAAUGAGUUUGCCCCGAUGAAAUGCAAACAGAAAUGGAUUCUGGGUACUUACAAGUUCCUGAACUUUGCAUGAUACAUCCGGUUCUACUUAGAGUCUCUGCUGUUCAUCAUGAUAUGAGCUCUGUACGAAAUCAUCUGGUACAAUAACUACUCUGUGUUUGCAACUGUGUCAAUGCUAUUGUCAACACUUAUAGUCAUCAGUUCGAUAGUUGCUGGAGUAUGGCUGUGAGUUUUCGUGUGUAAGCUUAAGCACUAUGACAUCAUUUCUGUGAAACUUGAGUCUGUAUUUGCUGCCUUAAACAUGACCAAGAAAUCAAAGAGGUUGUUCCCUGUUGUUUUUAUAGCAAGAAGAGUGGUAAUAGUUAUCUGAAUUGUAGGAGUUACAGAAAAGUAUUCCCAAUUUUUAACAUAUUUCGGAUGCAAUCUGGCACAUUUUCUAUACAUAUGCAUUUUCAAACCCUUCGAUACUAAACUCGAAAAUUUUAUCUUUAUUAUGACAGAUGUGAGUAUAUGUGUCUUGUGAGUUUUGUAUUGAGUUAUAAUGAGUGAUUCAGACUUUUUAAAAAUGUCCAGCAAUGGUCUUGAAAUAAUAGUAGAUCUGAUGUGCUAUACUAUUAUUCUUACAAACUUCAUAAUUGGCAUAAUUGCUACACUCGUCACUAUUUUCUCACUAAAGUCUUAUAUAAAAGAGACUUUGAAAAGAAGGAAGUACCGAAUUAAACAGAUAGAAAUAAACAGAAAUGGACUAAAAAUGAUCAGUAAAGUUGAACCCCAACAAAGAAAUCCCCGUACUCUUUCAGAGAGUAAAAUAAAUUUGAACACAAAAUCUAAAGAUAGCUCUGUCGAUAGUAAUAAAAUGUCAAAAAUGACACGCAAGCAUCUUAACUAUGACCAUGAGAACUUGAAGAAUGAGCCUAUGCCAAGAGGAGGUAAUCAGAUCGGAAGAUUCAUAAAUCUUAGAGAAGAACAGAAGAUCGGAUUUUAAGCACCUUAACAAUAAUUCUGUGAUCAGGUUCA